AGCACAUGGAGCCUGAUGGGAAAAACACGACCAUUUACCGGUGUUUUUAGGCAAAAGACAGCCUAACAGUCGGAUUUCUUAAAAGCCAAGGAGCUGAUGAGUCUGGCAGUCUUUUCACCUGUUGUUUCAGAGAACUGAUCUUUUUAACCUAUAUCUACCCUGUGUAAAUAUUAUUGCUGCCAAAAAGUAAACCACAAUGGAUCUUAGAGCUAAACACGGGCUGGCACUGCUGGACCAGCUGAGGAAGAUGAGGGAGACUGAGAACCUGACAGACGUGGUGCUGGUGGCUGAGGGCAUCAGCUUUCCCUGUCACCGGGUGGUCCUGUCUGCCUUCAGCCCCUACUUCCGUGUCAUGUUCACCUGCGGCCUGCGUGAGUGCGAGAACAGGGAGAUCUUCCUGCAUGACACCCCUGCUGAGAGCCUGGGCCUGCUCCUCAACUACAUGUACUGCUCCGAUCUCCCGCUCACCAACGCCAAUGUGCAGGGCGUCUCCAUCGCAGCUUUCCUCCUGCAGAUGGAUGAUGUCUUUACCCGCUGCCAGCUGCACAUGACAGAAAACAUGGAUGCCUCUAACUGCCUCGGCGUGUAUUAUUUUGCCCGUGACCUGGGCGCGGAGCAGCUGGCCGAUCACGCUCAGCGCUUCUUACGCCAACACUUUGUUCAGGUGUGCCACAAUGAGGAGGUGCUGGAGCUGGAGGCCCAUCAGCUGGGGAAACUGUUGACAUCUGAUGACCUCAAUGUGUCCCGGGAAGAGACCAUCCUGGAUGUGGUUAUGCGCUGGGUGAAGCACAGCAGCGUGGUGGAUGGAGAGGGACGCAGCCGGCAUCUGCCAGAGCUCCUGAGGAAGGUCCGUCUCCCCCUGGUCAACCCUGACUACCUGAGAGAGACCAUGAAGAGGAACACGGCCCUGCUGGCUGAUGCAGACUGCAUGGAGAUGGUAAAUGAAGCUCUGGAGGCCACGGCGAUGCACCCCUCCGCUGCGCCACGAAAGCUGAAGCUGCGGUACGGAAUGGAGUCCACAGAUCUGCUGCUCUGUGUUGGUAACGACGGUGGUGGGAUUAGGUCAAGAUAUGGCAACUAUGCUGAGCGCAGCUUUUGCUUUGCCCCGUCCACAGGCCGCACCUACUACAUCACCUCGCCUCGCUACGGGGAGGCCCUGGGCUAUGUGGGCGCAGGGGUUGUGACCGAUGGAAAUGAUAUUAUUGUGGCAGGAGAGGCGAGUGCGCGCAGGAUGUCCCGGCAGAAGGACGUGAAAGUUGAGAUUUUCAGGUACAAAGUUGAAGCCCAAGGAAGCUGGGAGUGCCUUACGUCAGCAGAAUACCGUGACUCUUAUGCUCUAGGAUCUCUGGGUGACACGCUGUACCUGCUGGGCGGCCUGAUGAAGCUGAAGAAGCAGUAUCUCAUCACUAACAGUGUGGAGCGCUGGUCCCUGCAGGGGGGGCCGUGGCGCAGCGCAGCACCCCUGCCCAUGCCUCUGGCCUACCACAGCGUGGUUCAAAUGAAAGAUCGCUUGUAUGUGAUUGGUGGUCGAACCCCACAGUCAUACCGGAUGGAUGAUGAGCCCGACCGCCUUAGUAACCGCCUACUGGAGUAUGAUCCAAACAGAAAUAGGUGGACAGAGUUAGGGCCCAUGAAGUACUCCAAGUACCGCUGCAGUGCUGUGGUGCUCAAUGGUGAAAUCUAUGUAAUGGGAGGCAUUGGCUGUGAGGGUAUGGAUCGAGGGCAAUCACGCCGAUGCCUCGAUGCUGUGGAGAUCUACAACCCUGAUGGAGAUUACUGGCGGGAAGGCCCCCCUCUUCCGUCUCCCCAACUCUCACUGCGCACCAACGCCUCAAAUGCAGGAGUGGUGGGAGGCAAGAUUUAUGUGUGUGGAUACUACAAAGGAGCAGAUCGUCAUGAUGACAUAACAAAGGACAUUUUAGAGCUGGACCCAUGGGAGAACCGGUGGACAGUAGUGUCUCGACGUGCUCUGAUGCACGACAACUAUGACGUGUGCUUGGUGGCAAAUCUCAACCCACGAGGACUCAUGUCCCCGCCUGAGGACUUACUGAAGCAGUGACUCCUCGGUGAAAUCAGAUCAAAUUCUGUUUGGGACAAUUUGCAAAGCAAGUUCAGCUAAGCCUGAGGCACUUAUUGCAUUUAUUUAUUUAUGCAUUUAUUUUUCACUGUAUCGCAGCUUUGCAUGAAAAGCAAUCUGCAGUUUACAACUUGCACAUUUUAAUAUGAGAGAAGACCAUAUAGAAAAACUAUUUUGUAAAUAUUUUUCUUGUUUUUUUUGUUUGUUUUUUGUUGUUUUGUUUUUUAAGCCUGCUAUAUGAUGUCAGCAACAAUGAUUGAUACCCUAAGACAUGCUGCUGUGACAUUCAUGUCUAAAAUAUUACCAGCAAGAAUUUUCAUAACAGCACAAAAAAUGUUUCCUAAUAUUCAUGGGCCUUGAGCCUCAGUACAGAUCACACCACAGCCAGAAUGUUUCAAAGUAAAACAUUCCUGCUGUGAAGUGAAACAUUCUGGGAACAUUUAAAAAUCAUAAAAGUAAACAUAUACUGUAAUGAGUUUGUAAUCAUUGCAGACUAAGUACUAAAACCUGUUAUUACAGUGUAAUAACAGACUUUUUUAAAAUGGUAUCCUCUGCUUAAUACCCUAAGAAACCUGAGCAAAUUCACUGGAUUUCUUUCAAGGUGAUUAGCAAAUUAGCAAAAAAUUACCAGAAAAUGAGUUUAAAAAUUAGCAAAAAUCUUGUGUUCAAGUUGCAUUCAAACACCUCUCACAAGCAUUUAACACUUUACCCAGAAAUCUGCAAAACAUUAGUAAAUGUGACAUGGAAAUAACCAUAAAAUUACCAAAAUAGAUUUUUUUAAAUUUAUUUUUGUGUCAUUGUUUUGUUUGGGACAUGUUUUAAAUGCCUGUUAAUGGCAUCCUAAAGCAGUCUCAGGCAGUUUCCAGAUGCAUUUCACAUGUCAAGAAUUUGGGUGAUUUUUUUUUUUUUUUUUUUUUUUUGUGCUCAUUUGCUCAUUACCAAUUUCCCAAAUCCAGUGAAUCUUCUCAAGUUUCAAACAGCUAAUAAUGACUAAAAUAUAAGACUGGCUUAGUGGUUUCGUAUACAUAAAUGUGUUUGUUAGUUGAAUGCUUGUGAUACUAAAAGAUGGACAAAAUAUUUGAUUGUGCUUUUGCCAAUAAACAUGGAUUUCAUCCACA